ACGAUAUGAACCGCACUCCGUGGAUGGCGUCCUUUCACCAAUAUCCAGCAGGAGUACGCAUUUGCAAUCACGGGGCUGUGAUAUCCAUUGGCCGUCGAGAUUCUUAGCACACGUUUAUGUUGAGUCCAUAUCUUGUUUGGGGUUUCGCAGGUGUCAACUAUCUCCGUACGCUUCAAACUAGAUUUAUAGUGCAUACCGCCACCAAAUAUCUAUGAGAACCCUCGUGCUCGAGAACCUUCAACAGCGUUUAGGAAAGACCUGGGGCUGGGACAUAAAGCUUCAUGGCUGUGGUGAUGUGCUGUCAACGCCGGCUAAAGCCGACUUGUCAAAUCACGACUGGCACUUGUCUGUGUUUUAUCAUUGGAGAAUCCUAUUGUGGAACCGUGGGACGUUUAUCAUCGAAUUCUGUCCUGCUUUUUCAGACUUCGUGGGGAUAAGGUCUCCUGAAAGAAGGUACCUAGAUAUUUGUCAAGAGGGGGACCCCCCCCCAAUGGUUGCAAAUAAAACCUGCAAGCAAGAAGACUACAGGGGUAAUGUCGGGCAAAUAGCCAGAUUCAGUUUAUCCUCCCCCAGCGACGCUUGUGUCAUUGUCAUUAUUCACAAUAACACUUUGGCAUCAUGGCAAAGAUAUGAGGUGUGGGUCGAAUGCUUGAAUUUGCACCGGAUCGCAAUCCGAUGUUUCGAAAUAGAGACGAAACGAAAUAGCACAAAGUAUACGGCCAAUGCACUCCUGAGUCGACUUAAAAUCAAGAACAAAUGAGAUAUACAGCCAUACGACCUCAUCUCCUGAGUACAGACCAUGAUAUGCCUUCCGAUGUUCGAAUAUUCUUCCAUUUCCCUUUGAGAAACGAAGGGGGAAUUUCCCGGCCGAUCGGCGAUGCGCGAACUGCAAAGCGACCUAAUAAACACUACAAUAAACUUUACGAGUAAAUGAGAUUGGGUCCUCCGCUAGCGCCUUGACGGCAAUAUUGAAGAAAAUGGUUUAGCACGAAAUACGAAUAAGACGGUGAAUGGAUACAUACGAGAGUUUACGACUGAUGUCUCGAGCAUGUCAGUAUUAGCUGCAAGGGUCAAGAUUCUUGGUGGAGUCGCCUUCUAAAGUGUGGAAUGAAAUUAUCGACUACUUAUGCAGAGAAGAACAUGAUUAUCUCCGUCG